UCGUUAAGUUAAGAAGUUGUUCGAAAACUAUAAGCUCCAUAUCAAUAAACAAAAUUUGAAUUUAAAAUAAUAAAAUACAACGCACACGCAUACAACUCGCACAAAAUACACAAUUCGGGAGACGUGAUCUUUAUAAAAUACGAGUACUUUUUUUUGUACAAAAAACUACACUAAUAAAUAAAUAAAAAAAAUAAUAAUAAAAAGAGUGAAAAAAGUUAAAUACUUUUGUUCAACAUUUUUCAGUUCGAAUUAACGUGUGUCUACUAAAAUUGCUCGUUUUUCGUACAUCCCGCGCCGCAAACAGUUCAGAUUUACUGCGUUCAUCCAAAAAAAAGUCUUGACAAUUUUCGACCAUGACAACGGUAAGAUGGAAAAUUUUAUUUCCAUUGCUGGCAUUGGUCAUUCUGAGUAGUGUGGAAAUUUCCAGGGCAAAUCGUAAAAAUGUCAGCUACUAUUUGUCAACAAAUACAACACUACUCAGUCACUACUCCAUAUUGGACAAUACAAAUGACACCUUAAGCCACGGACAGGAGAUCAUAGUGGAGGAUGUGGAUGUAGAGGAGGAAGAUGAAGUGGAUUACAAUUUAAUAUCACCCUCAUAUGAGACACAUCUAGUCAAAUCCUCCAUUAUAUAUGGUUUAGCCAAAACUGUUAAUGCCAGCAGUGUCAAUCAAGAAUGUUACAGACAUUUGAGAAAUAUUCAGAAGGGCAUAUUAAGAAAAGAACCGUGGGCCAUGAAAGCGUUGGAUGCUUCGGGUUCAAAACCGGCCGGUUUUGUAUUUGGCCAAAAUUUUUGGUUUGGCAGUCAAGAAGCCUGUGGCGCUGUUCGCCGCCCUGUGGGCAUUACUUUGUCGGAGAAUUUCCCUCGUGUUAUGAAGUUGGGUAUUAUCAAGGAAAUUGCCCCUUUCGAUAUGGACUAUCGCGUGGUAUACUUGCGUCAUAACUCUCCCUGGCAAGUUGAGAUCAAAUUAAUGUCUGAACAAAUCAUUCACAUUGGUUUGUGUUUGCCUUCUUCUUGUGCAUCGCCUGAAAUUCAACAACUGAUGGGUGAUUAUGUAAAAGAAGGUCUAUUUGUGGAGAAUGAUAUUUACGACAUACAACCCGAAGUGCUUUACAUGAAAGAUUUAAAAAUAUCCGACAACUUUUUUGAAAGAGAAAGCUUUAAAUUGAUCAGUGUAUUUGUGGCCUUUAUUUUGGCCAUGAUCUUAUUAGCUUCACAUCUGAAGGCCAAGGCAAAUGAGGUAGUUACUAAAUUGGAUAACAUAUCUCCCCUAGAAGAAACCGAUGCCUCUUCAAGUCAAAAUAUAGCUGAUAUUAAUUUGUCAAAUUAUCCCCAACUACGUAACUUCAUCAUGUGUUUCGAUGUCCAAGAGAAUUGUACAAAAAUCUUUUCCACCAAGGAGUCCAAACCCAGUGAAAUACCCGUCAUUAAUGGUUUACGUUCGGUUUGUGCUCUAUGGAUUUUGGUGUUUCAUGUGGUGUGGUACAUGUAUUUCACUGUAAAUAAUAAAACUUUCCUGAUCUCUUAUGCCGAAAAAGUAUUCUUUCAAUAUGUUAGUUCAGCUCCCGUAUUGGUGGAUGUAUUUUUUACUGUGAGUGGUUUCUUGCUAACUUAUAACUUCUUAAGAAACGCUGAGAAAAUGGAGAUUAUACGUAAAAAUUCGUUUGUACAAAAUACCAAACAAUUCUUUAAAAUGUUUUUCCAUCGUUACUUGAGACUUGGUCCUCUUUAUCUUGUGGUUAUGGCUGUGGUGGAUCUCCUGUUUGCGUACAUUAGCAAAGUGUCGGUUUAUCACAUCAACGAAAGAUUUGAUGAAAAUUGUGCCAAUUACUGGUGGCGUAAUAUUUUAUUUAUUCAAAAUCUGUUUGAUCACAAGGACAUGUGCCUCAACUGGACCUGGUCUUUGGCCUGUGAAAUGCAGUACUUUGUAAUUGCCACCAUUCUAUUAUUCACGUAUGCCAAGCAUCCCAAAUUAGCCAAGAAUUUGACAAUUGGCUGCUUUAUUGCCAAUAUGGUGUGGUCGUUUAGUAUUGGCUUAAACAUCAAUUUCCAAUUAUCAUUCGACACUUUCUUUGCCACCGGCACUGACAUUUAUAUCAGUCCCUUCGUGCGCGUAUUGCCCUACAUAAUGGGCGCUGCGGCUGCUUGGUACUUCUUGGAGCAUAAGAAGCGUGAAUUCGAUUUAAGUGAAUUCCAAGAGAAAUGCUUGUGGACUUUAUCUUUUCUGACAUUUUUCAUUUGCAUUUAUUCGACCGUUAAACGUGACAUGUCCUACAUAAUGGCCAUAUCAUUGUUUGUUGUGGGACGUUUGCUGUUUUCAAUGAGCAUUUGUUGGAUGAUUAUUGGCAGUGCCACUGGACGCAGUACAUGUUGGUCUAGAUUUUUGGAAGCCAAACCAUUUCAACAUUUGAACCGUCUAUCAUAUGCGAUUUAUUUAUUAAAUCCAUUUGUGAUUGCGCUAUUUUUCGGUUUAACCAGUGUCAGUACUCAUGCAGAUCCAUUUAUGUUGUGUGUUCUUUGUUCCGGUUUCUCCAUCAUCACUUACUUGGCAUCCAUUGUCUUUUCACUGGCCUUUGAGAUGCCUUUCUGCAACUGGUCUUCGCUGAUCUUGAGACGCUCUAGUCCCAAAGUGAAAAAUGCCUAAUUGAGAUGCUUUUCUCAUAUCAUUUUAAUAUUAUUUUUAAGUUUUGGAAUAUUUACAUACAUCUAUUUCUAUUUUAUACUUCUGUACUGCACUGUACACUCUAUUUUAUAUGCAUAUUGUGAUCAUUAUUAAUCCAUUCAAUCUCUAACGAGUAUCAUACAUACAUUUAUACACACGUUGUGUAAUAUGUACGAGUAAUAUUAUGAUAAUAUUUUAUUUGUAACUAUUUUAUUCAUUUUAGAUAUCUAAGUCAUUAAUAUUAAGUCGAUAUUUCCCCUAGAAGGAAACAAAACAAAAAAUAACAAAAUAAUUUAAUUUAACCCAUCUUGUGAAUAAUUGUAUAUAGAAAGGAAUAUUAAGAUAUUUGCCCAGGGAUUACAACCAUUGUAUAUUAAUUAGAAUUAAAUUCAAUUCGUACAAACAUUUAAUAAAAGAAAAAUUUUUCAUGUCAUAUGAUGAUAAAUACUUAUAAAUUAAAAA